AUGGGGAUUGGUAGUAUGUCACCACACUUCACCACGCAAUGUGCCUUUCCCGCUUCGCUAUGCUUGCAAGUUCCUGAUGCAAGCAUUUGGCCUACAGCUCUUCAUGGAGCUUCAGUUGGCAUCACAGUUGGCAGAGAAGAAAAUUCUCCGGAUGCCAACCUUAUUAUUGAUGGGGAAUCCACAGGGUUGAGUACAGAUAGUCUGGCCAAUGCUGGUCAUCCUGGCGCAGCCCUCCUGGUUGAUGCAGAAGUCAAAUGGGGAGGGGCAAAGCAUCACCCAGUGGAUAAAGAUGAUGGUGGAAGAAUGCACCCGAGAUCUUCAUUCCAAGCUUUUCUUGAAGUGGCUAAAAGCGGAAGUUUGCCUUGGGAGGUUUCGGAGAUUAAUGUUUUUCACUCUUUGCAGCUUAUACUGAGUGAUUCCUUUGAAGAGAUUGAAGACAGUGGUCCAAAAUCGAUGGUACACUCUCAACAGAAUACGUCUGUGCGGCAGGGAUUUGAUGAACUUAGUUCAGUGGCUUGUGAAAUGGUCAGAUUGAUUGAGACAGCUACUGCUCCGAUUUUUGGGGUUGAUGUAUCAGGAUUCAGGAUUAGUCAAUGUGUGGAAUGCAAAGAUGGCGGAAUUGACAGUAUUACAAGCUAG